AGUGACUUGAUUUACACGGUAUAUUGUUCAUCGGAGUGCGACCAACAAGGUGGAGCAAGCUGUUGUGAGGACCGGAGCAUUUUCAGUAAGCUGGCAGGCGUAGCACGGUAGGGGGCGGUAGAGAGCAUGGCUGAGCCAGGCCAGCCCCAGGAGAGCAGCAGUCUGCAGAGGAAGAAACCUCCAUGGCUCAGAGUGGACAUCCCCCCACAGCUGUCCCUGGAUGAGCCCUCAACAUUCAUACAGCCGGUGAAGAGGCAGGGGUUCCUGCGUAGUGUGAGCAUGCCUGGCGAGAACAUACAAUCAGGCAUCGCAACCUUUGACCCCAGCAACUAUCUCCAACCCCCCUUGCAGUGCCAGUCCUCCAUCACACAGACCAUCAAGAGGGGCACGGCAGACUGGUUCGGGGUCAGUAAGGAAAACGACAGCACCCAGCGAUGGAGGAGGAAGAGCCUGCAGCACUGCAACCUGCGCUACGGCCGCCUCAAGGCCCAGGUGAUGAGGGAGAUGGAGCUGUCCAGCCAGGACAACCUGUCUCUGACCAGCACUGAGACCCCACCACCCCUCUACCUCCCCCCAUACCACCACCCCCACCACCCCUAUGCCAUGCAGCGGAUUGUGGACCCCCUGGCGCGGGGCCGUGCAUUCCGCAUGGUGGAGGAGGUAGAUGGAUACAGCGUACCCCAGACCCCCAUCACCCCUGGUGCCGCCUCUCUCUGCUCCUUUUCCAGCUCGCGCUCCGCACUCAACAGGUUACCGCGGCGACGCAAGCGAGAGUCGGUCGCCGUCAUGAGCUUCAAGGCCGCCGCAGCGCUGGUUAAGGGCCGUACGGUGAGGGAGAGGGAGGGCGCUGCCCGGCGGUGUCGCAGGCGGAGCUUCAUGCCAGUGAGUUUCCUGGAGGACGACACAGUGGACUUCCCUGACGAGCUGGACACCUCCUUCUUUGCUAGAGAUGGUCUGAGGAGAGGAGAUGAGGAGCUGUCUACCUAUGCAGACGAUGUGUUUGAUUCUCCGUCUGAGGCCGCCAUUAAAGAGGAGGAGUCUAACACAGCAGCGGAUGAGAGUGACCUCACAGGUGGCGCCUUGGACAAGAACGAACUGGAGAGGAGUCACCUGAUGCUGCCCCUGGAGCGGGGCUGGCGUAAAGGUAAAGAACCUGGACUGUCUCAGGUCCAGCCCAAGGUGCGUCUGCGCCAGGAGGUGGUGAGUGUGAGUGGGCAGCGACGGGGCCAGCGGAUCACAGUGCCCGUCAAGAAGCUCUUCGCCAGGGAGAAGAGGCCCUACGGCCUAGGGAUGGUGGGACGGCUCACUAACAGAACCUACCGCAAACGCAUCGACAGCUUCGUCCAGCAGCAGAUAGAGGACAUGGACGACCACAGGCCUUUCUUUACCUACUGGAUCACAUUUGUCCACCUGUUAAUCACCAUCCUGACUGUUUGUCUCUACGGCAUCGCCCCUGUGGGCUUCUCCCAGCAUGAGACCGUCGACUCGGUAUUGAGAAAUAAAGGUGUUUAUGAAAAUGUCAAGUUUGUGCAACAAGAAAACUUCUGGGUGGGACCAAAUUCUGAGGCGCUAAUCCACCUGGGGGCUAAGUUCUCCCCCUGCAUGCGUCAGGACCAGCAGGUCCAUGACCUGAUCCAGGAGAAGAGAGGAAGAGAGCGGGAGUCAGCCUGCUGUGUGAGGAACGACCGCUCCGGCUGUCUUCAGACCUCACAGGAGGAGUGCUCUUCUACUCUAGCAGUGUGGGUGAAGUGGCCUCAUCACCCCAGUGCUCCUCUCCUGGAGGGGAAGGUCCGUCAGCACGGCUCAGUCUGCCACCAGGACCCCAGAAUAUGCCUGGAGCCAGCCUCUGUGUCGCCUCAUGAGUGGCCUGAUGACAUCACCAAGUGGCCAGUGUGUACCAGGUACAACCCAGGCAACCACACUAACCUCCCCCACGUAGACUGUGCCAUCACCGGACGGCCAUGCUGCAUUGGGACCAAAGGGAGGUGCGAGAUCACGUCCAGAGAGUACUGUGACUUUAUGAAGGGCUACUUCCACGAGGACGCGACUCUCUGCUCCCAGGUGGCCUGUAUGGAUGAUGUGUGUGGCCUGCUUCCUUUCCUCAACCCUGAGAUCCCAGACCAGUUCUACAGACUCUGGCUCUCUCUAUUCCUCCAUGCAGGGAUCCUGCACUGCCUGGUGUCGGUGCUCUUCCAGAUGACCAUCCUGAGGGACUUAGAGAAGCUGGCUGGCUGGCUGAGGAUCUCUAUCAUCUACAUCGUCUCUGGCAUCACUGGCAACCUGGCCAGCGCCAUCUUCCUACCCUACAGAGCAGAGGUGGGUCCAGCUGGCUCUCAGUUUGGUAUCCUGGCCUGUCUGUUUGUUGAGCUGUUCCAGAGCUGGCAGAUCCUGGAGCGUCCGUGGAGGGCUUUCACCAAGCUGUUGUGCGUCGUCAUCUUUCUCUUCUCCUUUGGCAUGCUGCCCUGGAUAGACAACUUCGCCCACAUCUCCGGAUUCAUCUCUGGACUCUUCCUCUCCUUUGCCUUUCUGCCAUACAUCAGUUUUGGCCGUUCGGACAUGUACCGUAAGCGUGUCCAGAUCUGUGUGUUCCUGUUGGUGUUCCUGGGUCUCUUCUCAGGACUGGCUGUACUGUUCUACAUACACCCGGUCAAGUGUGAGUGGUGUGAGUACCUCACCUGUAUUCCCCUCACUGACAAGUUCUGUGACAAGUAUGACCUCAACGCCCACCUCCACUGACCUUUGACGGUACAAUUGCAAUGACUAGAAUGGACAAUCUCAAAGAGCUAUAGCCUCACGCGCCAGGAUAGCAGGACGAAAGGGUCGGCUGGUGAACAAGACUCUAAGCAACGUCACGGCAUGGACCAGACCGGCGGCCAUAUUUGGUGUAGUAUUCAGGACAUUGGAUGUGAAGAUUGCCAAUCUUGGAAAAAUAACUGUUGAUCUUAAUAACUGUUGAUCUGUCUUCAUUUGAUUUUGUUUAUUUGGACAUUGCUAGCGAGUGACCUGUCACUUUCAAAGCAUAAAGACUUAAAGAGAGAAGGGGGGGGGUUAAAUGUGACUGUUGCCUUGCCGCUGCUCUUAUUAAAAACAGACACAACAGCACCACCUUGUGGCCGUCAGACCACAUACAGCUGUGGAGGGAUUUUGUUUUGUAUUUUUCUACACACGUCAUAAAGCUGACGAAAAGUUGUAUUGGUUCAUUGGAUGACCUCAGACAGGGAACUAUCUCACAGGAAAGAAAAGGGAUUCCUGUAGUACUGUACGAUGACUGCCUCUGGUGCCUUGGUUAUUACUGCCAUAUCUAGGUCCAAGUCUCAAAUGGCACACUAUUCUCUAUACCAGAGGUUCCCAAACGUUUUCACUCAGGCCCCCUUCCAGCGUUGGAGAACAUCUCACAAUGGCACAAGCAUUGUUCAUGACACCAAGUGUUCACACCCCUCUUGUUGGCAGAGAGUUGUAAACGCUUAUUUCCUGCAAUUCUAGACAUUUUGCAGAGCCUAAUGUGUAUUCAUGUGAUAUUUGAGUAACUCAAAAAUUACAACAAAAUCUAUGGGCUAAAAAACAUUAGCUGACAUGGUUUAGUUAUAAAUAGGUUAUAAAUAGCUCUCUAAUGUAUGCAAUGACUGACAUGACAAGAGGAACUAAUGAUGCACUACCCAAUAUCGAAAAUGCACCUUUUGCAUUCAACUAUUACAAAUUACAAGUGGGUUUUUUUUUUGGGGGGGGGGGGGGGCUGCCGACCCCUCACCCUCACCCCCCUUGGGUAACACUGCUCUGUACAGUGAACUAUAUAGGGAAUAGUGUGUCAUGUGUGCCCUAUAUUACACUAGACAAAACACUUGUAGGUUAACAUGUGUACUGCUGUCUAAGUAGUGGUGAGUGUUUGGAGGGUAGCGUUUUAGCUACCUGCUUAUCUGUACCUGCCAAUACAGCAACACAAACUGA